GCAGGUCUGGCGGAUCCUGCUGGCAGCUGCAGGACGCGCUCAGAGCUCGAGGCAAGGGCUCCUUUCGCUUCCCGCGGCCAUGGAGCGGCUGACGUUGCCUCCCGGCGGAGCGGAGGCGGUGGACGAAUACCUGGAGUACCGGAGAAUUGUUGGUGAGGACGAUGGAGGGAAACUUUUUACUCCUGAAGAAUAUGAAGAAUACAAGAAAAAAGUUUUACCCAUGCGUUUACAGAACAGAUUAUUUGUGAGUUGGCGCUCGCCAACAGGAAUGGAUUGCAAACUUGUUGGCCCAGAGACACUGUGUUUUUGUACACAUAGGUAUAAACAGCACAAAACUGACUUUGAGAUGAUUCCACAGCAGCGUCCCAUUGAUCUACCUUGCCGAGUGAGUGGUUGCCGGUGCAAGGCUUACCACUAUGUGCCUCUGAAUGGUACCCAGCCUAUUCGUUGUAGAUGCAAACACUUUGCUGACCAGCACAGUGCUGCCCCUGACUUCACAUGCAAUGCCUGCUCCAAGUGUUCCGGCUUCCAUAGCUGCUUCACCUGUGCCUGUGGCCAGCCGGCGUAUGCCCACGACACAGUGGUGGAAACAAGGCAAGAAAGGUUGGCGCAGGGAAAACCAGUAGGACUGGAUGUUCCCUAUGCUGCAAUGGGAGGUCUAACUGGUUUCAGCUCACUGGCAGAAGGCUACAUGCGCUUAGAUGACAGUGGCAUCGGUGCACCCUCGGCUGACGUUUUGGACUCCCCUGUUUCGGCCGUGGACCAUCCAUUCCUAAGAGCCAUGCACACGCCGUCUACUUCUUCUCCACAGCCACUAGGGGGCGGGAAUGAAGAUAAAAAUGGAAAAGUCUGCUAAGCAGAAAGGAAAAGCCCCACCGCUGCCAAGCACAAAGCCGUCUUGAAGUCUGUUGGACAGAUCGAGCCACCGUCCAGACACAUCUUCUAUUUAUUUAAGUUUAUUUUCUCUCAAUCUGCGUACUUUCUUAUUGUGUAAACAUGUCUUUUUGAAUUCUGCUUAGCUUAUUGAAACAAGUUAAAUGAAUUAUUAUUAUUAUUAUUUUUUUGGUCAGAAUCCACGACUUAAGCACUUUAUAUGCCUUUUAAGAUAGUCUAUGGGGUAGCCCAAACUGGCUCUGAAGUCACAGUAUUCCUGCCUCAGCACACAUAUACCUUCUGUCUCUCCUGGCAAGUUUUAUAUGCUAUUUUCAUGUACAGUAAAUAUUUUUAGUUUAUCAUAAUUUAACUUUUCUAGUUUACCUAAAAGAUUAAGGAUAUUAUUAAAGGUUUUUAA